GUCCUACCUGUUCGCCAGGUUCUUUACCAGAUGCAGCCAUUACGCAUCCAUGUGGCUCUUGAUUCUAUACGGAGAGGCCGGCAACAUGGAAGUCUCCUACAGCGUGUAGGGUGGCAGCUACAAAGCCCCCCUCCCCUAGCCACACGAGCAUACUCAUCUCUUUCCGAGCAUCUCCAUCGGGAAUUGACCUCACGGCACGUACCCUUAGCUUUUGAUUAUAUGCAUCCCCAGCCGUCUCAUCUCUUGAACUUAACAUUAUUUGAUCUCCUCCCAGCGGUAAGCUCGGCGCCCGGUGAUCUCCCUUCUGUUCGCACACCUCCUCCCUUGUCGGCAGGUCACCAUUUAGUCUACUUCCCUCCCCAGGUCUCACUGUCACAGCUACUGCCAGACGGGACUGAUACGUUACAUACCCCGGGAAGUCCCUUUAACAGGCGGCUGUGGGCCGGGGGCCGGGUCCGAUUUCUGGCUGACAAUUCGCUUUGUCUCGAUGGUAGUCGGGCUGUUUGCCUCGAAACGAUUCGUGAUGUGACGGUAACGGGUCAGCCAGGGGAUGAAAGGGUAAAUGUCAGAAUUGAGAGGCGGAUAGGAACAGUCCAAGAGGAUGAAGAUCAACGCAGUAUCAGAGAGCGGCUAUGGAAGGAAGACGCGGACGAAGCUGGUCAAUCAUCUAUUAUUGAGGACAGGAGUCUGGUGUUCAUGCGCGAUAACCCCUCUGGAAAGCUCACCCACGACAAGGCUUGCUUUGAUACAGAUCGUAGGGCUGUUAAAUCACCUUCCAAUCCAUAUUUCCGGCACAGCAUAAUACCCAACAAAGCCCUGCUGUUUCGCUUCUCGGCUCUUACAUUUAAUGCCCAUGCUAUACACAUCGAUGAGACGUACACGCGAAAUGUGGAGUGUUAUCGUGACCUCCUCGUCCAUGGACCGCUGACUUUAACAUUGCUUCUCACGGCACUGCAGGCCUCACUAAGUAAGCUAGGACUGGCGAUCUCGGAGAUUUAUUAUAAGAACAUUGCUCCCCUCUAUGUUGAAGAGGAGCUGGCCAUCUGUGGCAAGCCCAAAAUGGGCAAGCACCACACAGCCUGGGAUGUUUGGAUCGAAGGCACAAACGGGCGACUUGCCGUGCGAGUACAGCGGCUCCUGGACUACAAUGGACCUGUUUUGGGCUGCUCCUCCUGUCACCAGUCUGUCUUGGUCCAUGGUGGCCUACUGAAUGGCUAUUAUGUGGUGUUUCAACGUCACUUUGUCUUCAAAUUUCUCCCGGAAAUAUGGAGGCUAUUUUCGCCCUUCAUGAUUACCGGUCCAGGCAUUUCUCUGAUUUUUGAUGUUUAUUUCAUGUAUACCUAUGGCAGCCAAUUGGAAACUGGGUCGUCUCGGCUCAGUGCUCCGGGUGACUUUGUCACAUACCUGUUUUUCGUAGCCUCAGUGAUCGUGCUCACAGCAGGAUGUUUAUUGAAUUGUAUAACCUUCACGUCUGCCUUGAUCCUAGCAUGCGUUUACACAUUCUCUCAAGACAACAGAGGUAGAAAGGUGACCUUCUUUGUCGUCCAAAUACCUGUCGAAUUCCUCCCGUGGGCUAUGCUCACUUGGACUCUGGUCACCUCUGGAUGGCCUGCAGCCUUGCGUGAUAGCACGGGUAUAGCUGCUGCGCAUGCCUACGAUUUUAUUACCCGCAUAUAUCCGACAUUUGGUGGUGGUAGAAACCACCUUAUCACCCCGGUGUUCAUCAGCCAGUACUUUGCCGCUCAAACCCCGCGGCCCGGUCCUCGUGCUUAUGGAACUGUCUUUCGUGCUGCGGACCAAGCUCAGAACCCAUCUUCGGGUGGGUGGGCUUCGUCUUUCCAAAGUCCCUGGAACAGAAGAGGUCCUGGACGAAGACUCGGAGGUGACUGAAGGGGGACGGACGGGAUGUAAUCUUGACUCGUUGAUCGGCUCGAUAGUAUAAACUAUUGCAGUAAUGCAAACACAGCGGUAGCUAGCUAUGUCGUCAUAGACAGCGAAAUGAAGCCGUCACCUUGCUGCAAAGAUCUUUUCAGGAAUCUAUGUC